UCUGACGUUGUUUACUUUAGCCAGCUCGUUUGCCUGAAAGCAGGAUUUGCUGUCGUAAAACGCCUGUCGCUAACCUGUACCGUCGUCGCACGAAGCUAUUUUGCUUGCUUUGUUUUGUUUUCAUCGUUGUGUCUCUUUCCAGACAUGGCCUCUGCACCAGCACAGCAGCCUACCCUGACUGUGGAGCAGACAAGAGUGGUACUCAGCGAGGUGAUACAGGCUUUCUCUGUUCCGGAAAACGCGGUGAGGAUGGAAGAGGCGAGGGAGAGCGCAUGCAACGACAUGGGCAAGAUGCUGCAGCUGGUGCUCCCCGUGGCCACGCUCAUUCAACAGGAAGUCAUCAAAGCGUACGGCUUCAACAAUGAAGGAGAAGGUGUCCUGAAGUUUGCCCGAUUGGUCAAGAUUUAUGAAACCCAGGAUCCUGAAAUAGCAGCCAUGUCAACCAAACUCAAGUCUCUCCUCCUGCCACCUCUGUCCACACCACCCAUAGGUGGCGCCAUUCCAGCCUCAUAAGAAUGAUACUAAUCCAGAGGCUCAGUGUCAAUGUCACUUUCUUUGAAAGGAAACAUACAUUAUGAAAAACUUGUGUGACACCAUUGUCAUUUCAUGAACUAUAUAUAUAUACUGCGUAUUUAUCACAUUUCCAUGAACCAAAUUUCCACAUGACUUUGUAUACCAUGCCAUAUGCAAAUAAAUGUCAUUGUUUUUAUGUA